AUGGGUUUCUCUUUGUUUCCAAUAUCCUUGGUUAUAAUAUUCUUCUUUCCUUACAAUCUUGCAUAUGAUUUUGCGUCCACUGUAACAGUUGAUCAAUCUGGUGGAGGAAAAUUCAAAACCAUACAAGAUGCAAUUAAUUCUGUUCCCGACGGAAAUAAUAAAUGGUUUCACAUCAUCAUUUCUCCGGGCACCUACAACGAGAUAGUAUCGAUUCCACUUGAGAAGGAAUACAUAUUUCUAGAAGGAACUACUUUAUCUAAAACGAUAAUCACAUCGGAUAUUCACAGUUCUAGUGAUGUCGCCACUUUCACUUCUUCUGCCAAUAAUUUUGUUGCUAAAAACAUAAAAUUCCAGAACUCAUAUAAUUUACAUCAGAAGAACAACGUUGAGCCAGCAGUGGCAGCAAUAAUACGCGGAGAUAAAUCAGCGUUUUAUAAUUGUGAAUUUAUUGGAUACCAAGAUACACUUGCUGAUUUUCAAGGUCGUCACUACUAUAAAUCUUGUUCUAUUGAAGGCGGAGUAGAUUUUAUUUGGGGAUUCGGUCAAUCCGUUUUUGAGGACUGCAAGAUACAUGUUAAUGUUGAACCGAAUUUUAGAGGCUAUAUUACUGCACAAGGGAGAGGCUCGGAGCAAGAUUCCAGUGGUUAUGUGUUCUUGAGGUGUGUUGUUGAUGGUUCUGGCCAAGUAUAUCUUGGAAGAGGUUAUCGUGCAUCUUCUAGAGUUGUUUUCAUUGAAUCCACAUUUAGUUCGGUUGUCAUUCCUGCGGGAUGGGAUGCAUGGCAUGGCGAGGGACACGAGUCUGGUUUAACUUAUAUAGAGGCCGGUUGUAGUGGGUCAGGUGCUAAUUCUCCACAACGGGUGUCAUGGGCAAAGAUAGAGGAUUCUAAUAGGAAUAUUUCAUCUUUGACUGAGCUUCCAACUAUCUUCAUUAAUCGGAAUUCUCCUCCAUGUAUUGUAGACUAG